AGGUGGGCAAGUUGGAAAAGGUGGGCAAGUUGCUCAGGAGCAUCAGAGAAGAUUUGUUAUCCUCGGUCUGAAUUUUUGUUUAGAAAAGAAGCACAAGGUAGUUCCUUUCCAGACCAAUCAUCUGUGGUCCUAAUUUUUGAGUGUGCUGGAAGCAGAUUGCACGUGUCCCCCCUGCUCCAUGCUCCUGGCUUGACCCAGAGGGCAAGAAGAAAUAAUGGUGACGACACCUAAUAGGACUGGGGUACUCAUGCCCUUUCGUUGCUAGACCCCCAGUUACUGCCCCUUUCUCUUCCCUCUGCCCCUUAGUUUCCCUUUGCCGUGGUCCUGAAAUUUGGGGUUGUUUUUGUUGGGUUUUUUUCUGUCCUGAUGAGGGCACCAUUGCAGACCAUGAUGUGCCUGGGGUUGUGGGCAGCUGCCCUGCUCUGCUUGUUUUCCCCUGGCACCGUGCGAGGUGACUGCUGGCUGAUUGAGGGGGACAAAGGCUAUGUGUGGCUGGCCAUCUGCAGCCAGAACCAGCCCCCGUAUGAGACCAUCCCCCAGCACAUCAACAGCACGGUGCAUGACUUGCGUCUCAACGAGAAUAAGCUCAAAGUGGUGCUGUACUCCUCCCUCAACCGCUUCGGCAACCUGACUGAUUUGAAUCUGACCAAGAAUGAGAUCUCCUACAUUGAGGAUGGGGCUUUCAUGGGCCAGUCAAACCUCCAGGUCUUACAGCUGGGUUACAACAAACUCACCAACCUAACAGAGGGCAUGUUGCGGGGCAUGGCUCGUCUCCAGUUCCUCUUUGUGCAGCACAACCUAAUUGAACUGGUCACCCCGACUGCCUUCUCCGAGUGCCCCAGCUUGAUCAGCAUUGACCUGUCAUCUAACCGUCUCAGCCGUCUGGAGGGGAACACUUUCACCAGCUUGAGCAAUUUGAUGGUGUGUGAGCUGGCUGGCAACCCCUUCAACUGCGACUGUAGCCUCUACAGCUUUCUUAACUGGCUGGCAGUCUUCAACAAUGUCACCAAGAACUAUGACCGGCUCCAGUGUGAGACUCCUCGGGAGUUUGCUGGGUACCCACUCCUGGUACCUCGGCCUCACCACAACCGCAAUGCCAUCACCAUCUUCCAGUCCAUGUGCAGAGGUGGCACCAUCCCCUCCCUUUCCAGGGUCAACCCCACCCCUUAUACCCCUGACUCCCAGCGAGACCUGGAUGAGGGCUCAGCCAUCAGUCCUGGAGACUUCCUCUCAGUCAAGCCUCCAGCCUCCUCCACUACUGACUCCUCCUUCAGUCCCAGCAUCAAGCUCCAUGAUGUCACCAUCACCUCAGCCAUCCUGAUGGUAACCAUCCCCAUGCCCUACAGUAAGAUGUAUGUGCUGGUCCAAUACAACAAUAGCUAUGUUUCUGACAUAGCGACACUGAAGAGCAAGAAGGAAUAUGUCACUGUCAACAAAUUGAAGGCCCACACUGAUUAUACUUUCUGUGUGGCCUCCAUUCGCAACAACAGGCGUUACAACCACACUUGCCUGACCUUUGCAACCCGGAGCAAAGGCAGGGAGGACCCUAUUUCCAGUACUUCCACCACCACCCACUAUAUCAUGACCACGCUGGGUUGCCUCUUUGGGAUGGUCAUUGUCCUGGGGGUGGUGUACUACUGCCUACGGAAGCGAAGGAUGCAGGAGGAGAAACAGAAGUCCCUCAAUGUCAAAAAGACCAUCCUGGAAAUGCGUUAUGGAUCAGAUAUUGAUACAAGUACUAUGGUCCAUCCUUCCCAGAAGCUGGGUGAACCACCAGUCAUCCCUGUCUCACGGAUGUCCUCCAUCCCUUCCAUGAUCGGGGAGAAGUUGCCCCCAUCAAAGUCAAUGGAUGCUGGGAUGGAGACUCCUAAAGUCACCACUAAAGGCAACUACAUUGAGGUGAGGACUGGUGGUGGGGAUGGGCUGGAACGAGCCCAGCGGGAUGAGGACCUGAGGGAGCUUGACAAUGGGCAAGGGUCAGCUGCUGAGAUCUCUACUAUAGCCAAGGAGGUAGACAAGGUCAACCAGAUCAUCAACAACUGCAUUGAUGCCCUCAAGCUGGACACGGCCUCCUUCUUGGGUGGUGGAACUGGCGUUGACUCAGACAUGGCCUUUGAGUGCCAGUCCAUCCCAGCCAGUUCCUCCGGUGGGCUAGAGCGGCCCAGCUUUCUUUCCCCACCCUACAAGGAAAGCUCCCAUCACCCUUUGCAGCGCCAGCUCAGUGCUGAUGCUGCUGUGGCCAGAAAGACCUGCAGUGUCUCCUCUAGUGGCUCCAUCAAGAGCGCCAAGGUCUUCAGCUUGGAUGUGCCUGACCACCCACCACUCAGCAAGUCUGACUCCAAAUACAUUGAGAAGGGCAGUCCACUCAACAGCCCUUUGGAUCGUCUUCCCUUGGUGUCCCCGGGCGCCAUCCACCACUUGGAGGUCAAGCCUUCUUACCAUUGCAGUGAGCACCGUCACUCCUUCCCGGCCCUGUACUAUGAGGAAAGUGCUGACACCUUGAGCCAGCGGGUGUCAUUCCUCAAGCCACUCUCCCGGUCCAAGCGAGACUCCACGUACUCCCAGCUCUCCCCCAGACACUACUUCUCAGGCUACUCCUCCAGCCCUGAGUACUCAUCAGAGAGCACCCACAAGAUCUGGGAGCGAUUCCGGCCUUACAAGAAGCACCACAGGGAGGAGGUUUACAUGGCGGCUGGGCAUGCCCUGAGGAAGAAAGUUCAGUUUGCCAAGGAUGAGGAUCUGCAUGACAUCCUGGAUUACUGGAAAGGAGUCUCUGCUCAGCAGAAGCUGUGACUCUCCUCUCUUUCCAAGGAAACAAUACAAAACAAGACACCCCCUUCCCCAACAACCAGAAAAAAAAAAUAUGCCACUUGACUGUGAAAAAUAAACCAACAACAAAAUACUCCCGACAAAUACAAAACUGACAAAAUCGUUUCUUAAAGUUUACAACAACAACAGAAAACUCUCUCACACACAGACACACACAGACACACAGACACACACACACGCCGAAUUGUCUCUACUGUGUUAUGGGGACCAUUGUUCUGCCUGCAGAUGGUUGGGAGGAGCCUCCUGCUCUGACACUGUGGUAACAACACUGGAGUGUGGGUGGGUGGGAAUGGCCUGGGAGGGGGUGGCAAUGGUGGCAGGGGAAGGGCAGGGAUGGACACUCACUGGGCAUGAACCUCAGCUGUGAACUAUUGCUCUUUCUGUUCCUGUUGCGGGCUGAUUUUUCUUUGCAGGGGGAAGGGGAGGACUUCAGUUUAGAAGGCUUCUCUGCCCACCUGAUACACCUACUUUUGAAAAUCUUCCAUCAUUAUUUUUGUUCCCUAUUUACUUUGCCAGUGGAGGCUUUUCUUUCUCUCCAGUACACUUUUGAGAUAUGUGGGAUUUGUUGGAAGAAGUUAUCUCACUUCUUUUCCUUUUCCUCUUCCCUACCCUUCUCUGUUAGGAUUCCCUAGGCUUGCACUUUCUGUCUGGAUGCUUCGCAAACCUCCAUCCUCCUUGGAGGAAGGAGAGGAGGUGCAAAGGACUGAAGGGAGGUAGGGCUUGCCACACUACAGGCUCUGUGCCCUUGCUGCUCUUCCUCCUUCCCUUCUCCUGCCAUGUCGUUGCUGAUGAACACCAGCAAUUCUGGAGUGAUAGGCAUUCUCCAGGCCUGUUCCGAGCCUGUUUUCUGCCAGUUGGUGGGGUGUAUGAAUAUGGUCUUUGGCAUGGCAAACUAGGUCCUCAAGGAGUGGUGGAGGAAAAGGCAGGAAGGUACUGUCUCUCAGUGGUGUAAAAUGUUCCCACCUCUCCAUGGGUGUCACAGGUCAGAGGUCCUCCCCAUCAUACACAUCUAUGCUCAGGCUGCCCUGGUCCAGGGGGUUUGGUAUGCUCUGUUCAUGUUUCCCUUACUACAAGGAAGGGACGCAGAGAGGAACUGAGGAGAACAAGUUCUACACAAAGCUUCUGCAGCUCUUCCCAACUGACUUGCACAGUGGAAUGUGGGGUGGAUGGGUGUGCAUGAGAAGAGCAUCACUCAUCUUCCUCACUUGCAGGUGGAUAUAAAGAAUAGGAUUUCAGUCCCUCACUUCACUCGGUUGACAGAAAAGCCACCAAGUGGCUUCCUCUUGCACAGGCCGUGGACACUCUGGCAUGGAUAGGAGACAGCCUAGGGUGAAGGCAGGAGCACAGGAAACAAAAGGGAUGUGAGAAUGGGGCCUGGGAGUACCCCAAGAGGGAUGGCUCCAGGAGAAGCUCCCUUUGUGUGUGCAGCCACACUGUGUCCACUGGGAUAGAAGAGGAUACCAGCCUCUGGAUGGCAGUGCUCCUUGGAAUUCUUAGAGGUCCUCAUGAGAGUCAGAGCAACUUGUCACCUCCUGAAUCUUCCACCUGCUCACAGCCAUGACAAACUUUUCUUAGGGAUCCUUUAAUAUCUUGGCAAAAACCUGGUUUCACUUGUUAGGUCCCAACCUCUGUCCCUUGGGUAGAAGAUCUGCCACAGAUUUGGGAAUGAGCCUACCACCCUCUCCACUUUAUCCCAUUUCUGAGCAGCUCAACAAAGCACAAUCUUGGCACUGUUUUCCCCAAAGUUUUCUUGUCAGGCAGGGGUGCUGCCUGCUGAGUGCAUCUUUAUGCAGCACAGUGGGCCUCCUCUCCAUGAGCUGCACACCCAAAUUCUUGACAAUCGUUCACCUCUAUCAGGAUGAGGGUGAGGGCCUGUGUUGUGCUGGCCUUUCCUAAGUGGCACUCCUCAGAAGCCCUAGUGUUUUUGGAGAAGGAUGAGGGUGUAGGAGUUUCUCUGGGAGGGAUUUAUGUGCUGCCUGCAGAGAACCUGCCUGUUAUCUGUCAGGUAGUAGCACUGCCAGCUGAGAGCUGGUUCAUAUGCCACAGGUGACAUGACUUCGUCUCCUGCAUGUUCUGUAGGUGAAGAGCAGCGGUAGGCAGAGCCUAGUAUGUGAAAACCAGAAGGGGAAUCCCCAAAAUCUAAAUUUGUGAAGAUCUGUGGGGUUCCUUCCCUGUAAGGAUGAUGAAGGUAACAAUCCUAAGCCAGGUCCUGAUGCCAUUGCCUCAGCCUCCUUCACUGUCAGCUUGCUUCCCCACAGUCUAGGCAUUGUUUUACUUUGAGUCCGGAAGUAUUCAUGGGACAGACUCCCAUGUAAGAGCCAGUCCAACCCAGAGGAAGGGGUGUGUGUGCGCACACGUGUGUGUGUGCAUCUGUAUAUGUGCAGGAGGAUGAAGGGAAGUCACAUCACUGCUGCCAGGUGUCCCUCCAUGUUGGGACAAUGCAGCAAAUCAAGACAGGUAAAUGCUGUGAGAGAUGCUUAGGCACAUCAGAGACCUCUCCAGCUACCACAUGGAGAAGGCCUAGUGGUCUUCCAGCGUGGCAACCAUCCAACCAGGAAAGACUAAUGGCUGGGGCACAGAACUGGACAGGAGAAGAGGGAUGACAGGCAUGGGGGGAUGGAGUCAUGUUCCUCUCCCCACCUCCACCUCUUCCCUCCCUGUGCUUCUCUGCUGUAUGGUCUUGCAAUCAGUUCCACUCAGUCUAUAAUUUUUUUGGGAGAGUUAACUUCUAAUGGUUUCUACUCCCUCCCCCCAUGGCCCCAACAAGGCAGAAAUGAAAGGCCCUUCUUUUGCCUGUGGUGGGAGUAAGGCUGGGUAGGAGGGACAAGCCAUUUCUCUCCCAACUGUAGCCCCCCACUCCAAACCAGUGGGUGAAGUUUGCACAAGAUGGACUGUUCUGUGGGAGGAAGAGGGCAAGGAAAGGGAACAAAGUGUCCCACCUUCCUUCCUCCUCCUUUCUUCCUUGUCCUGCUCCCUCUCCAGGGACAAGGGCUCACAAAGUGAUGCCAGCCCUGUUGGAGGAAAGCAGAUUUAACGUUCUAUUUGCAUGAUGAUUUUACUGUAUUUUUCUGAGCAAACACCUGUUGUGUAUGUGCCAGUUUGUUGGAAUUUAACCUCCUUCCCCAAAGUCUCUCCCAUCCUUGUUCCUGUUUUCCCUGUUCCUUCAUUCAUCCCUGAUGUGAUUUUAUGACAGAUUCCUACUGGUUUGGGAGGGAACACACCCCAAAGAGAACCCAACCCAAUCAGCCCCAUAAAAAACAUUCCUUCUUCUUUCCAGUGUCUCCCUCCGCUUGCCCCAAAUGUGGUCUCUCAGCUGCUUUUCAGGGUUGUGUAUGUGAAGGGGGAUGUGUUACAUACCAAAGGCCUGCUCUUUCUAGUGGUCAUCAUUUCUCCUAAUUAUUUUGAAACAGGAGUGAGGCCCAUCAAGAUAGCUCUUGUAGGAGAAAUGGUCACUACCAUCCCCAUGCUCUUUCCCCAAAUCUACAAGCAAGGCAGUUCUUGGGGGAACAAGGAGUGCUUCAGCUACAGGGAAACCUCUGAUACAAAGAAAGCUUGAUGUGGAGCUGGUUGCAAUCACUAGAAGACCACCCACCACCUUCCUCUCAUUGAUUGCAGGGAGUUCUGGAUUAGGUCUGUCGUACCCCUCCUCUCCUGUGGGUGGCUCUGGCAGAGGGCAGGUCAAGAUAGAACCUUUAAGGUCUCUGUGGUCAGAAAAAGCAUGGAGAGACUGCUUGAAGUUUCUAAGCUUCCUAUGGCUUGGCUUCGGCAAGAGUCCCUCACACCUGCCUUCUUCCAGGGCAAAGCGGAUCCAUGGAGCAGAACCUGUACCAGCCCCUUUCGUACUUUAUUUUUGGGUUGGUGACUCUUGGCAGAGAAAACAGGGGUUUAGUUCACCUCAUUGAAUGGCGUGGAAGGUGAGGAAUGAGUUUGGGUGCUGACCUGCCCUCUCCCCCAGGAACAGGCUCAAGAGUGAAGGUGAGACCCUUGGCCUGCUGUUUCAGUGGGGCAGAGCCCAUGCUGCCCCAGCUUAUGCUGCGGUGCCACGUUCCUCUCUCCCCCUCCCCACUCUUCCAUGCUGAAUAAAUCCCUCCUGAGGCAGGUGUGAAAUAUUCAUGACUGACAAAUGAAGAUUUAUGUCGGGCUGAGGAGGCCUCUGUGUGUUUGCAAUGCUAAUCAGCCUGCCUUCUUGGAGGAGGCUCUGCCAGGCAGGCUUGGGGAAAGGAGGGGGAGAUGCAAGAGGGAAGGGGGAAAAGGAGCUGAGGAAGAGAGAGGAGAGGCAAACACAGCAGGGGUGAGGGAGGUGUGGUGGGACCAAGACUGGGGAAGCAAAGAGGUAGAGGGAGAUGGAGAGGGUGGAGAAGAGGGAUAGGCUGGAAAGACCAGGGAAGAAAAAGCCGCACUGGAAAGAAAGGGAUGGUAAAGAGAGAAAGGGAGCAGCAAGAGAAAGGUUUGAGUGCAGGGGUGGUGGCUCCCAGAGAGGAGGUGGAGAGUAAGUCAGCAGUGCCUGAAGAAAGAAGCUGGGCAGAAUUCAUGAUGAGCUGUGGCCACUCUCUGUAGGACAGAGCUCAGCGCUACAGGGCGGGCAGCUGCCACGCGGGCAGGAGCUGGACCCAGGGCCCCGAAAGCACAUUUGCCAUGCUCGCUGCUGACCAGAAAGCUCAGCUGCGUCUGGAAGGACACACAGCCUCCAGGAGCCUGGAGAACAGCCCUUCCGCCGCCACCACCUCCUUCAGCACAAGACGCACGCAAGGAGAGCCUCAUGGAGCCGCGUCCUCUUGCUGGAGGCAGCCUGCUGCUGUCCCACCAUCUGGGCAGGAGGGAGCAUCUUCAGGGUGGCUUGGUGUUGGGAUGGACACUGAGUGCCACCCUCCACUGGGCUACUGGGGAGGGGGUCAUCUCUCGUAGGGUUGGUGGAGCCUGCCCCACCUCGGCUGCCCCCUGCCCACCCUGGCUGAGGCAGGUGUUUUUGGGUUUUUCCCCAAAGAAGGGGCAGAGGGGAGCAUCUGUGGCCUCCCCUGUACACACGCACGCACUCCCGCACCCAGUCCCUCCAGCCGCUUUGGCCUUGUACUGUGAGGGGCGUCCUCGGUCUGCCUCCCCCCCGACUUCCCCUGCCACGCGCCGUGGGGAGACCUCUCUGCGUGCUGUCCCACCAGGGGACAGCCCUGUGUCCCACCCCUCCAGCCCUGUGGAGGGCUGCCCCAACCCGUCCCCCCAUCCCCAGGUGGAGAGAGGGCAAUCUCCGCCCGGCUUCUCCUUCUCCUCUCCUCCAUGCCCCACCAGGAGGUAAAUCACCCCUUCUCCCCCCUUACGGUCCCCUCUCCCUCUGCCCCAUCCUCGCGCAUUUGGCUUGGCCUUUGCCUCCCCCAUAACUACCACCGCCACUGUGAGGCCUUGCUCUUGGGUGGCCUGACCCCCCCACCGCCUGCUCUUCACCUUCCCCAGGAGGAGAGGAAGAGGCCAGGCUGGGUCAGGUUAGACCUUCCAGGGCUGGUACGGCUGGUCCCUCCACAAGCACAGCACCUGGGGCGAGGGGGUGGGAAGGGGCAGGCAGCUGCCGGGCACAGAGCCGGGGGUAUCAGCCCUUGAAUGUAAGGAAGGGCCUGGGAGGCAGCUGCUGGGACUGGCUCCUUGUGGCCUCUUUGGUGUUCCUCCUUCCGUAACAACCCUGUGACCCCCCCUGGUUGUGUAUGGACAAAUUUCAGUUGGAGCUAUGUUCUUUUCUUUUCUUCUUCCUCUUUUUUUUUUUUUCUUCUUUUUUUCUUCCUUUUCUUCUUUCAUAUUUUUAUUUCUUUCUACUUUCUUUCUUUCUUUUUUUUCUCUCUUUCUUUCUUCCUUUUCUUUUCCUGUUUUAAAACUGAAUGGCACGAAAUCGUUUUUCCUCAACUCGGAGAUUCCUGUAUGGAGAAAAUCAAUUUCUAUAUUUGCAAUAAAUUUCUUAUUUAAAAAAAAAACAAAACAACAAAAAAAACCCAAAAAACAACAAACAAAAAAUAUGAAAA